GUGUCUGAACAUCCAUUGUGUCUGAUUAUUGAUGCCUUACUCAUAUUUAAUGUCAUGCAUGCAAUUUUAAUAAAUGCAAUUUAGCUGGCGAAUUUUAAUGUCUGAUUUUAGUUCGGCUAAUUAUGAAAUCAGUAUCUUAUAACAAUCAUAAUUAAAAUAUACAAUUUUGUAGAAUAACAAUUUCCAAUCUUGUAAAUUAAUUUUCAUCAAUGCCGUAGUCGCGGAAAUGGCUGAUGACAGCCAGUCAUGUGAUACUCCCCUAUACACUGCUGCAAGAUGUGGGGGUGUAGAUGAGGUCAGAGAGCUGUUGAGGCAAUAUGAAGUGGACGCCAGAAACUCACACAACCAAACAUCUCUUCAUCUUGCAUGUGCUAAUGGUCACCUCGAAGUAGUUUGGACACUAGCCAAUGACUUUGGUGCUGACAUAGGAGCUAUUGAUAAUGGUGGAAAUACACUAUUGCUCUUUGCUGCUAAGAACAAACAUGUACAAAUAAUUAUCAUGUUGCUUCUAUUAUCAAUGUGUGGUAGACACCUCUCCAAUGGGAUAAGACUGCCAUGUUCUUUUAGCUGUAGUCAGAUUGAUUCACAUCAUGUUAAAAUCUUUGAGGAUGUCUUGUUUGAGUAUUACAAUGAUUCUGAAGCAGUGGAGAAAACUAUGCUGAUGAUAUCCAAAUUCUUUCUUGAUCGGUGUAUCGAUUUCAAACAUUAUAAUAAUGAAGGCUUCUCUAUAUUGUUUGUAGCUGCAUCACUUGGUCUCAAAGACUUGAUUAUUUUGCAUUAUGCUGCAAUAAAGGGGGUUCCAUAUACAUGCAAUGGUGGCCAUUUAAAGCUAAUGGACAAACUGAUCAUGGAAUAUGACAUCAAUCCCGCAGAUAAAGAUAACGAUGGUAACACAGCUCUACAUAUUGCAGCCAUGAAAGGACACGUAGAAACAGUUAGACACCUGAUCAGUAAGCACACUGCACUGAAUGGUUGUGCCCAUGUUUUGGAUGCGUUCGUCAAAGAAUUCAACAGCAGUUGUCAUGUCCGAAGUUACAACGGCUGUACUCUUCUUCACCACGCAUGUGAGGGUGGCCAUACAAAAAUGAUGGACACACUGGUAAUGGAAUAUGACCUUAAUCCCGAAGAUAGAGAUGGUAAAGGAAAUACACCUCUACAUAUUGCAGCCAUGAAAGGACAUGUUGAAGCAGUGAGACACCUGAUCAGUAAGCACAGUACUGAUAUUUACACCACUAAUAAUAAGAAAAAUAUUCCAUUGAUGCUAGCUGUACUUAGUGGUCAUGCCCAUGUUUUGGAUGCCUUAUUCAAAGAAUUCAACAGCAGUUGUCAUGUUCGAAGUUACAGUGAUCACAAACUGGUAAUGGAAUAUGGCCUCAGUUCCGAAGAUAGAAAUUGUAAAGGAAACACACCUCUACAUAUUGCAGCUUCGAAAGGACAUGUUGAAACAGUGAAACACCUGAUCAGAAAUCACAAAGUUGAAACCAAUAUCACUAACAAUAAGAACUCUAAUCCCAUUAAAUGCAAUGCUCCCCUUUUUGUGCGAAAUAAGCAUGAAGAGACUGCCCUUGAUGUAGCUAAAGCUCAAAAAAGUCAGGAAAUCGUUACCAUUUUCAAAAAUGAUCAUUCUGAAAUCCAGUCAAUCUACCGGCAACUAGACAAACUUGCUAAACAAGAGUUUGGUGGUGUAAAGAACCUCACCAGAAUAUUUGUUGUAGGUCAUUCAGGCAUUGUUCCAAGUACUCAUGACAGUAGUUAUUAUGGAAGAAUGAUACUCUAUGAUUUUGCUGGUAAUUCCGAGUACUACUCCUCACACGCUGCAAUCAUGGAGUCAAUCAACACAUCGAAAGGAAAACAAAGUAUUGCUCUUGAUUGUCGUAAACGAGGGGCUGUAGUGAAUGACAUAAAGAAACUUACAAAGCACUCGAGAUUCUCGAAAAAUGUAUCCUCCAUCGGACUUUCUCCAGAGACGAGUGUUCUCUUGGGAUUGUUGAAAAAAGACUUUGAACACAUUCCUUGCAAAAGUCUGCUAGAGCUGACCUCACCAAGGACAUUGAUCCACUCAAGUUCAGCAUAG